AAUCCUGAUGUAACAGCACUCAGUCUGGCCGCAAUUUUUCCAAUACACGGAAUAACUCUUAAUCGACCGUCCCGAAAUGAUGUCGUCCUUCCAGCAGCAGCGUUUUCUAAUUCUCUUGUCGAGUGCCGUUCUGAUUAUUGCGUCGUCGUCGAGUGCUGCUGAUGCCCAGCAAGAAAUAAUCCAGUCCAUCAUCCACCAUGAAAAUGAGGCGUUGCUCCUGUCCCGACUUGAUGGAAUGGAAGCCAAACUUGUCGAUCAAGAAUUGCGACUUGCCAAUGCCGCCAAUGAAAUCGUUUGGCUGAAACAACAAAUCAACCGACUGGAAUCGAUCGUUCCGCUGCUGGCGAAAGCGGCGGCUGUUGCUGUCGCACCGGUUAAUUUCUCUCCGAGGUCGUGCCAAGAAGCUCUGGACAGCGGCCUGCCGGAAUACAAAGACUCGGGCAUGUACUGGAUUGAUCCCGAUGGACUGGGAAUCGGCGACGGCUCCAUUUACGUCUACUGCGACAUGACAACAGGAAUCACGGCCGUGGGGCACGAUAGCGAAUCGACCAUUUCCAUUCCAAAGUGUCCCGACGCCGGCUGUUACUCAAGGCCGAUCGUCUACACGAACGCAACCAUCCGGCAGUUGAGGGCCUUAGCCGAGAUUUCGUCCGAAUGUUACCAAUCCAUUCAAGUGAAUUGUGUCGGAGCGCCUUUCACGUUGAAUAACAUUGAUUACGCCUGGUGGGAUGACAUCAACGGAGAAAAGCGAAACUUUUGGUCGGGUGCCGAUGCGACCGCACACACGUGCCAGUGCGGUAUCGACGGCAAUUGCAUCCGCGCCGAUCUGAAAUGCAACUGCGAUGCAAACGUGGCCGUCUCGCUCUCAGACAAUGGAGAAAUUACCUUGAAAGAGAUACUGCCCGUGACGCAAUUGUAUUUCGGCAAAACGAGCUACACCGGUGGCAGCCACACCCUGGGCAAGUUGGAGUGCGUCGGGAAAUCGAGCGCCGACCUUCCGAUUCCAACGUCGUGCCUGGAUUUGUGGAGAAUUGGUCACGUUCUAAAAGGGCUCCACCCCGUCCGCAAAGGCAAAAAAGUCCAGCUCGUCUACUGCGAUUUCUCAUUAGGUCAAAACGUCAAAGAAACGCAGAUCGGCUACGUCGAUGUCAAAACUGAGCCCAUCGCAUUCUACGCCCAGAGCACCAAGAUUUUGACAGCCACAACUGCCGACACGUCCAUCGGAUACGAUGUGAUGCAACUGAAUGACGGGAUCGCCAUGGAUGUCACAACUGGAUUGUUCACGGCCCCCAGACCGGGCACUUAUGUAUUUGGGUUCUCCGGAGUCGAUUUGGCUGGCGGAGUUGACAUGGUCAUCAACAUUUACAAAAACGAUAAACUCAAAUUAACAAAGGAACUGAUCGGUUCCGGAGGGCCAGUCGGAGGAUCGGCCAAUCACGGCACUGCGGCCAUUCCGUUCGUCCUGCAUCUGGAGGCAGGCGACACGAUCCGAGUUUUCAUUGCCGACGUGAGUGGAACACUUUACAGCGAUCCAUUGCGCCCGAUGACCCAUUUCACCGGUUUUCUGUUGGAGGAAGAUAUUUUCCCUUGAGCGGAAUGUGUAUGCGCUUUGUUGUAGCAACGCCCAGUCGGGUGUAAAAAAAUGGUUAACGAUGGAACGCAAAAUAGAAUGCAUUGUGUAGUGUA